UCGAUUUCAGAAUACAACGUCACCAUAAAUGUAUCAGACGACGGGACACCGAUUCUCUUCAGUAAUAAAACAGUAACAGUGAAAGUGACAGAUGUCAAUGACAACCCACCCGCCCUUGACCGCUGUGUCUAUGAGGCAUUUGUACCGGAGAACAAUUCCCUGGGGGUCUCCAUAUUCACUAUCAGGGCGAGUGAUGCUGACUCUGGACAAAAUGCGCGCUUGUCCUACUACCUGGAGAACAGUGAGAUAAAUGGGGCACAGGUCUCUUCACUGGUCUCGGUCAAUUCAGAGAAUGGGGUUAUUCAUGCGGUGCGCUCAUUUGAUUAUGAACAAGUAAAAUACUUUCAUUGUAAUAUAACUGCGCGAGACAGAGGGUCUCCGCCCCUCAGUGCUACUGUUACUGUGCACAUUUCUAUCCAAGUCCAGAACGAUAACGCGCCUCAGGUUCUCUUCGCAGUACAGACGUGUAGCUCUCUGGUGGCUGAAAUUGUGCCUCGUUCCGCAGAUGUGGGCUAUCUUGUCACUAAAGUGGUGGCUGUUGAUGUGGACUCUGGACAGAAUGCCUGGCUCUCAUAUAAACUGCAGAAAACGACAGACAGGCCGCUGUUUGAAAUAGGCCUACAGAAUGGAGAAAUAAGAACCAUACGCCAGGUCACUGAUAAAGAUGCUGUGAAACAAAGACUCGCUGUUGUAGUGGAGGACAGCGGGCAGCCAUCUCGAUCAGCUACAGUCAAUGUGAACGUGGCUUCCCUGAAGUGCUUUCAGAAUUCAGUGACUUUAUGCAUGACAAGGAUUACAACGAUAACUUGACUUUUUUAAAAUCUUGUUUUGGCCUUGGCUGUCGUGUCUUUUCUCUUCAUCUCGUGUGUAGUGGUUAUAAUAUUGGUUAAGGUCUACAGAUGGAGACAAUUUCGCAACUUUCACCACUCCAAUCUCCCAGUGAUUCCAUAUUAUCCACCCCGUUACGCAGACACCGGGGGGACAGGGACUCUGCAACAGGUGUACAACUAUGAGGUGUGCAUGACGACUAACUCGAGGAAAAGUGACUGUAAAUUCGCCAGACCUUUUAGUCAGAACUUUUUAAUAAUGGACCCGGGCUCUACUAUGACCAGAGACCAAGUGACCUUGCAACCUUCUCAGAAUGAGAAAAGCUUUCUGGAUGACCCGGAUUCUCCUGAGCAGGUGAGACGCUGACAUUUUACAACUUCAAAUAUAAAUAUUUCGGCCACAAUAUUUGGAAAUACUCAAA